AUGCAACGCUGCAGACACAAAAAGUCUCGAAAAGGCUGUCUCGAAUGCAAGCGACGACACAUCCGGUGUGAUGAGGGAAGACCUAUCUGCGCAAAUUGCAUUAGUGCCCGGCGGAAAUGCGAGUACCGCAAGCCCGUCGCUUCGGACCAGGAUGUUACAUCAAGGCUCCCCCCACUGGCCACCUUGGGCCUCAGUCCAGGCUCUGGCGUGGCUAACCUCAAUAUGCAUCAACUAGAGCUUCUGGUUCAUUUCUCUUUCGCCAUAUACGUUCCAGAACUUGAGGAAGACCAUGAUGCGACCAAAUUGGUUCUAGAAGCAGCUCUCAAUGCCGAGUACCUGAUGCUUGAGGUGUUGGCACUAUCAGCUCGGCACCUGUCGACAAUCCGUCCAGACAAGGCAGCCUGGUAUCUUGACCUGGCCUUUGAGUUGCAAACGAAGGCUAUCCAACUAUUCAACACAAAUGCUACCCAAGAUGAAUCUGUGCAAAAGCUUCUAUUCUCAUCUAUUCUUGGCCGCCACAUUCUCGUUGAUACGCUUGUCAGCCGUGAUCUUGAGUUCGACCAGUUUCUCGACCGCUUCAUACAAGGCAUGCGCGUCCACCGGGGUACAAAAGCAGUAACGGCGGCCUAUGAGUGGGAACCUCUCCUUAACUCGAAGAUUGGCUCCUUGAUAACAAAGGGCAUCGAUCCUCUUGGUUUUCACGACCCAGGUUCCCUUCGCCCACAUCUUGAGUCACUGAUAUCCCAGGCAACUCGACUUGACGCAGAUGGCAAGCUUGCAUGUGACAAAGCCCUACGGAUGAUAGAGGGCGCCUUAGAUGAUCUUGAAUCUCCGGAGAGGAACACAUUCGGCCUUCGGAUGAUAUUUGUCUGGCCCAUCUUACUACCUGAGGGCUUUAUCAGCCUUCUGCAACAGCGCGUCCCUGAAGCGAUCGCCAUUCUCGGUCGCUAUGCUAUUCUUCUACAAGCAGGACGAAGAUUAUGGCAAAUCAAGGACGCUGGAGAAUACCUAUUAAACCUGGUUUCUGCAUUCCUGGGUCCUGGGUGGGAAAUGUGGCUGUGA